GAAAAGUGGAGAUCUAGGACAAAAUAUUAUUGUGGAAAUUUUUGGGAUGAAGAUUGUUGUUCAGUGCAAAGCAUGGUACUUAAAAGAUAUAAGUUGUGAUAAAGUUGAUGAGUUUAGAACGGUAGUGAGAGACGGGAAGUAUGCAUUCGGGGUUCUUGUAGGAGCUUUAGAAGAAAAUUUUGCUAUAGGAGCAUAUAAAUCGGCUAAAAAGUCAGAAGGCGAUGACGAAAUUAUUAUUAUAGUGUAUAAUAGAAUGUGUCAAGAUAUAAAGUGCAUAGGUGGUAACUUUGAUAAAUGGGCUAGAAGAAAAGAAUAUAGGGGAUAUAUCCAUAUUCCCAGCUUUAACGUUAAGUGUGAUACUAAAGGUUAUCUUGUUACUGCUAAUCCUCGUGAUCCUGAUUACUGUAAUAAAGAAAAUCUAACCAAAAAUCCAGAACAAUGUGACGAUGCCGAAUGCAAUCCUUAUGGGUAUACGAAAGAAUAUGUGCUACACGUUUAUUAUUCAUCAGCUGAUGUAUAUACUAAUGACUUACUAUUCAACAAAAUUCAAUGGUCCAAAAUCAAAGAUAAUACUUGUUUGAGCAUUUUUGAUGCUAGAGCUAGUCGAGUAUAUAUGACAGUUUGUUGUAAUCAUCAGGUUUCUGUAACAGUUCAUCGUACUAUUUUCCCUCAAACUUCCCUUUAUAUUAACGGCAAAAGAGUCAGCAAACAAGCAUAG